CCCGCCUCCGCCUCCACCCCCCUCCAGGACCACCGCGCCGCCCCGACCGCCUCUCACACCAUGGCGAUGCGCCUUGCCGUCAGCCGCCCAUUGGCCUGCGCUGCGCGCUGCCCGGCCGCCCGCGCCCUCUCGACCACGGCGCUGCGGGCCAAGGACAUCGCGGGCGCUGCCUCCGACACGCCCAACAUGCGCUACGCCCCGCGCGGCCCCGCAGAGACGCUGCGCCGCGCCGUCGUCAACCCCGUCGACAGCCUCAAGACCAAGGGCGAGGCGCUGCACAAGUACGGCAACUACCUCAUGGCCUGUCUGCCCAAGUACAUCCAGCAGUUCUCCGUGUGGAAGGACGAGCUCACCAUCUACAUCGCCCCGGCCGCCGUGCUGCCCGUCUUCGCCUUCCUCAAGUACCACACCGCCGCCGAGUACACGCAGAUCUCCGACAUCACCGCCGUCGACUACCCGACCAAGGACCAGCGCUUCGAGGUCGUCUACAACAUGCUGUCCAUCCGCCACAACUCGCGCCUGAGGGUCAAGACGUACGCCGACGAGGCCACCCCCGUGCCGUCGCUGUGCGACCUCUACGACGGCGCCAACUGGUACGAGCGCGAGGUCUACGACCUCUUCGGCGUCUUCUUCGUCGGCCACCCGGACCUGCGCCGCAUCAUGACCGACUACGGCUUCGACGGCCACCCGCUGCGCAAGGACUUCCCCAUGACCGGCUACACCGAGAUCCGCUACGACGAGGAGAAGAAGCGCAUUGUCGUCGAGCCGCUCGAGAUGACCCAGGCCUUCCGCAACUUCCGCGGCGGCUCGGCCGCCUGGGAGCAGGUCGGCACCGGCCAGGACACCACCCCGGAGAGCUUCAAGCUGCCCACCCCCAAGCCCGAGCCCCCCAAGGACGAGAAGAAGUAGAAUAGACUGUAAAUACAAUGUACCUCUGCAAUUCUCAAACCACGACACGAUGCAGCAC